AGUAAUAACUAGGGUUUAAGGUUUGACGGUUGAAAACGGAAAAAGAAAAACCCCACUCUGCCACUUCUCUUUUCUCUGUCUGAUCACCACCUUCGUCCUCUUCAUCCGGCCACUCUCAGGCAGGCGCCGCUGCUUCAUCGCAGAUCAUCUCCGCCAGUCGCCGUCGCUGGCAAGUUUUUGAGUUUUCUUCGUUUCUCUUUCCCACUCAUUCACGGUUUCUCUUCUCCUCACAGCACCGCCGUUCACCGCCCUCACUGGACGCCGCUCGCCGCUUCCGUCUAGUGGCCAAUCACUGCCGCUGGAUUCGUACCGCGGACGGGUCUAGUAUUUCUGAAGGGGGUGAUAUUCUCAAUGGCAAAGAAGAGGAAGCGGAGUGAGACUUUGCCAACAGUAUCGACUAAGAAGGACGAAAAUGCUCCUGAGAGACCCAAGCGGACGCUCAUGGGUUGGAAAGACAGAGAAGUGGCUAAAGAGUGUGAAGCUGGUUCUGAUCAUGCUGUCUUUCGGAAUAAAGAAAAGGUUCUUGUCACUUGUUCCCGCCGAAUCAAUUUUAGGUAUCGGCAUUUGAUGUUGAAUAUGGUAUCACUUUUGCCACAUUGUAAGAAGGAUAACAAGGUGGAGUCGAGGUCCAGCAAAGGUGCCACACUGAAUGAGCUGGUUGAGCUCAAGGGUUGUUCUUCCAGCCUAUUUUUCGAGUGCAGAAAACAUAAAGAUCUCUAUUUAUGGAUGGCAAAGUGCCCUAGUGGGCCAUCUGUGAAGUUUUUAGUUAAUGCCGUGCAUACAAUGGAAGAAUUGAAGCUUACAGGGAACCAUCUGAAAAGUUCCCGUCCAAUUUUGACAUUUUCAUCAAAUUUUGAUAAAGAUGUCCACUGGAAACUUUUGAAGGAAAUAAUUGUUCAGAUUUUUGGAACUCCAAAGGAGCAUCGGCAUUCUAAACCAUACCAUGAUCAUGUGUUUGUUUUCUCCAUUGUUGAUGACCAUAUCUGGUUCCGGAAUUACCAGAUAGCUGUUCCACAUAAUGAAUCAGAUAAAGUCGCCCGAGGGGGACUAGAUAAAAUGACACUCAUUGAGGUUGGCCCACGAUUCUGUUUGAAUCCAAUCAAGAUAUUUGGUGGCAGUUUUGGAGGUCCUACCCUAUAUGAGAACCCACUUUAUGUAUCGCCAAACCAGAUCCGAGCAUUGGAAAAGAAGCAGAAGGCCGGGAAAUACUCGAAGAAAGUCAAAGCGAAAAUGAGGAGGAAGAUGCACGAGUUAUCAAAUCCAUUGGAACCAGACGAGUUUGCUGAUAUGUGGAAGGAAUAGUAUUUGGAUGGACUUUUAAUUUUAUCUAAGACUCAACAGAAUUCCUUGCCUCCAAUGAAAUGGGAUUUUGUUCUAUAAUACUGUAACUGUAUUGCAAAUUUUGUCCUCAUUAUUUAUUUAAACCUCGAGGUAUGUUUCUCUAAGUUAAAUACUCGAGUUCAGGUAUGUAUUUACAAGAUCAAAGGGCUCUCAUAUUUGACUUUAUGCUAUCAUGAAUAGUUCCAAAAGAAAAGGUAUCGAAUUAGGGGUUCAAAAAA